UUAUUUAUCAUUAUUAGUGUUUACACUAUAGCUGUUGGUAAUGGAGUCAGAUGACGAACCUAUAACAUUAUCAGCGCAUGCGUUGGCUGCGUUGAGUGAGUUUAAACAGGAAGAAAAACAAAGAAUAGAUAGAUUUGAAUCCUUAAAGAAGGCAUCCGAAGAUAGGUUCGAUGAACAGCAAGGGCAGAAGGCUCACCAACAAGCUAUAGCUAUAAGUAUUGACGACUUUCAAGAAGAUUGGCAACUUUCACAAUUUUGGUAUUCUGAUGAAACCGCAGAAAUCUUAGGGAAAGCACUUCUUGAAGGAGCCGAUGCCAAUACUGUAGUAGUUAUUGCUAGUGCACCAUCAGUUUAUGCUGCCAUCAAACGUUUCCCACCAGAAGAAAUACCUACCAAACAUAUUUAUGUUCUUGAAUAUGAUAAAAGAUUUGCCGUUUUAGGCGGGGAUAAUUUCAGUUUUUAUGAUUAUAAUGAGCCUAAUAAUAUUCCUAUCCAUCUUAAGAAUAAAUGUCAUAGAUUAUUAAUUGAUCCACCAUUCCUAGAAGAAGAAUGUCAAACCAAAUCUGCUCAAGCUGCAAGAAAUCUUUUAAUUAAAGAUUGUAAAGAAAAUCCUCAGUUUCGUCUUAUAUCAUCAACAGGAGAAAGAAUGAGAGAUGUGGUUAAAAAGAAUUAUCCUGAGACUAAAUUGACCACCUUUUAUCCCGAGCAUAAGAAUGGUUUAAGUAAUGAAUUUAGGUGUUAUGCCAGCUUCGAAUCUCCUUAUUGGAAGUUUGAGCAAAAUUAGUAGGAACUGUAAUAUAUGUCUAUUUAUAUUGGUAGUAUUUGUAAGUACUUGUUAUAUGUUAUAUGUUAUAUUACACUAUAUUAUUUUAUGCAUAUAUACA